CCCUUUUGAUUGGUCGACACUAAGAUUACAGACAGAAAAAGGUGUUUGGAACCUAAGAAAAUUCACCAAGAAAAAUUUCCUCCGGAAAAAUUCUGAUAAAACUCCUCUCGUCAAAUGGCAAUGACAACGGCUUCGCCAACUGCUUAUCUUCGUCAUAACGUCGAGCACAGUAGUUUCUUUCCCGCCAAGUCCCGAUUUCGUCAAUUCUUUCCCGCCAAAAGAGCUUCAAGAUUUCUCGCCAUGGCACCUAAAACGAAGGUGAACAAGUACGACGACGGGUGGAAAAAGGAAUGGUUCGGCGCCGGAAUAUUUUACGAAGGAAGUGAAGAUGUCGAGGUCGACGUGUUCAAGACGAUCGAGAAACGAAAGGUUCUGAGCAACGUAGAGAAAUCUGGUCUCUUGUCCAAAGCAGAGGAAUUGGGUUUCACUCUCUCAUCCAUCGAGAAACUCGGCGUGUUUUCCAAGGCCGAGGAGCUCGGCUUGCUCAGCUUGCUCGAGAAGGCGGCUAGCUUCUCGCCGUCGGCGCUGGCUUCGGCGUCGCUUCCGAUUUUGGUGGCGGCGAUUCUGGCGAUCGUUUUGAUACCCGAUGACUCGGCGGGUCUGGUAGCGGUGCAGGUUGUGGUUGGGGGUGCGCUUGCUGUCGGGGCGGUCGGGUUGUUUGUUGGGUCGGUUGUUUUGGGUGGGUUACAAGAGGCGGAUUGACUGGAUCCAUAUUAUAUAUAUGAUGUAUAUGUAUAAGCAAGUUUUCUGUAUUGAUAUUGUAAAGCAUCUUUCUUUUUGGUCCUCAAAAGAGAGAAAAAAAAAAAAAAAUCUUUGAAUAGCUU